CUCCGUGAGGGGCCAGUGUUGAGCCCUGCCCUGACCUGCUCCCCACUGUGCCCACUCCACCCCGGAGCAAGUUAGUUGCGGGAUAAAGGAAGACGCGCAGACUUCGCGAAGUGGAAUCGGGGUUAUUCGUAUUCAUGGAAAAAAAAAUCACUGGUUAGCCGGGGUCUGCCCUAUUUAGCAUGAGUCUAGGAGGCGGCGGAAAGAAAGGACGCUCUUCGGUCAAAAGGAGGUGUUUUGGGCCAUGGGAGGGACUCUUGAGGUCUUUGCUUGGAUAAGCUCGGAAAUACAGAUAUCCUUCUCUUCCCCACAGGUGCCUUAGUCUCCGGGCUUAUUUUUGGCAGUGCAGCGGUACUGGGGAAGAAGGCAGAGCCGCGCGUUGAGAAGGUUAGGGUAGGAGAGGUGCUGAAGCUUGGGCGGCAGGGCGCUGCAAAGGCCCAGGCGAGGUGGAGACGAGAGCUUGCUGGUGAGCGCGAGAAGCACCCCUGCAGGCAGAGGUUGAAGCGCCGUUCCAGUUGGUCCCAGAGUGAAGCGGGAGUCUUUGCCCGCCCCAGCCACUUCGAGCUCCGCUCCAGUUCAGCUCCCAGAUUCGCCACCUGGCUCCAGUUCAGCUCCCAGACUCGCCACCUGCUGCGCGGUUCUUGGGGGAGGGGGUUCCUUGUCCAGAACGGGGAGGGGGGUUUCCUCGAGAACUGCAGGCCCGGUUGUCCCGGGACUCUCAGAGCCGGAGGCCAGGGAGCUGCCAGCCACGUGCGCCUGUGGCCUGCUGAGAGGUUGAAAAGCUGCCGAGGGACGAAGACCCAGGGGCUGUGGAAGAUUCACCCAACUCUUCCUUUUACUCAGGUCUGGGGACCUAAAGAGGGGAUGGGGAUCGUCAUGAUAAUAACUACCGCAAUCUUCAGUGCUGGCACUGAGCUGAAAAACAUUCAAAGCUUUCAAAGCACUUUGAUGUGCUCCAUUUUACUUGAAUCUCACAAAAACAUUGUGAAGAUUGAUCUCCAUUUCUAAAUGGUGUUGAGACUGGGAGAGAUGUACAACAUUCUACACUUGGUGUUUCUUAAACUUACCAACAACUAUGAAAUAAUGGCGAGUCAGAGAAAGAAGCUGGGUGACAGGGAAACCCACCCCGCCUUCGCAAUCAGACCCCAUUCCGGACGCAGGCCUGGCCAGGUCGCGCCUGCAGACAAGGUCUGUAUUCAGCGUUGCCAGUUCUCCUCUGUGGUUCGCUUAAGCCCGGCGUCGCCUCCCCUCCUUGCUUAGCCACCACAGUAAUCAAUGCUCAGUUCGUCCGGUCCUGAGAGCGCCCCCCAGAGAAGCCCCUGGGAAGGAAGGGCAAGGAGCGGGGCUUCGCGCUGGUCUUUCGCAACACAAGCGGCGAGCGCGUCUCCCUGCGCAAACGUAGAGUGGCCUCCCCAGCACUGCCGUGGGGACCGCACAAAAACGCGGGCGCAGAUGGGAGGGCGGAGGGUGCCCUGAGCUUUCUUUCGCCUGGUAAAGAAGGUAGGCUGUGAGAAAAGCCAAUGUUAGUAUAGACGUUGGCUUUGUAUUGAGGGAGUAAGAGCACUCUUCAAGGACAGGGCUGAAAUCUUUAAAAACAAAUAAAACUUUCUCUACUAUAAUUGCUAUUAAUAAUUUUAAAAAGGGAGCCUGGAUGAAUUAAGUAGCUCAAAACUGCCUGUUCAUCAUCAUCAGGAGCUCCCUCUCUACAAGGAGGGGAAAGAAAAUGUGAAAACAAAAACUAAAUUCGAGAAGCUCCUUGACCAGCGCGGUUGUCUUGCAGGUACCCGCCGGGCCCGGCCGAGGAGCGCUCUGCCCUCCCAGCCCCCGGCGCGCAGAGGAGGCUAAAACAACCAAAAAGAAAGCAAAACAAAAACAACAAUAAAAACGUUUAAAAUCCACGGACAAAAACCGGAGUCGGUCUCAAAAUCCGCGCCGUUCAGGGCUCCACUCGGUAGUCGACUCGGCUGCAGGCCCCGGCCUGGUCCGAACAACGCGGGGGACACCCCCGACUCCGCUGGGGAUCGCAGCCCACAGCUCCCCCUCGCCAGGCGCCCAAGGACCCUCAAGGCGCGGGGCCCACACUUGAAGCCUGGGAACGCGCAGACAGGAAACCCACUUCCUCCUAAGCAGUUUCUUGCUCGUCGGAUGAGAGGCGCCCAAUUGAAGCAGAAUGAUCCUCAUCUACUAAUAUCCAGCGUGGCCACAAAGCGACUGGCCAUUUACGCCACCACUUUAAACAAAGAUAUUUGGUUAUUCCCGGGAAGCAAGUGCACUUUUGCAUGGCUGAGCUGCGGGCGGAGGCGAGCCUCAGCCCAGCCUCCCGCCCGCUGAGCUUCCCGCACCUCGGCAUUCGCCCCCUCCUGGCCAGCGCUCCCGCCGCCGGGGUUCAGGCUCAGUUCCGCCCGGCAGCAGACUGGCGGGCACUCACUCCGCUCCCUGCCCGCGCCCUCCCUGAAGCAUCGGAGGGGAAAACAGCGUGGCUCUGGGCUCGGGUGCUGGGGCUGUGAUGUCCUCGGAAAGUCAGCUUCAGCCCCAGAACCCCGCGUGUCUGGGAGAUGGGCGAGGGUCAGGGACACCAGGGGGAAAGGGGGCGGGGAGCAGAGGUGUCCCUCUGACGGCGGCAGAAGAGAGGCAGACAGACUGACAGACACGUAGACCAACAGUGCGGCCCCAGGGUUCGUCCCCAGACUCGCUCGCUCAUUUGUUGGCGACUGGGGCUCAGCGCAGCGAAGCCCGAUGUGGUCCGGAGGCUGUGGGAAGGCGCGGGGCUGGGAGGCCGCGGCGGGAGGGAGGAGCAGCCCCGGCAGGCUCAGCGCUUACGCCCCGCCUCUGGUGGCUGCCUAAAACCUGGCGCCGGGCUAAAACAAACGCGAGGCAGCCCCCGAGCCUCCACUCAAGCCAAUUAAGGAGGACUCGGUCCACUCCGUUACGUGUACAUCCAACAAGAUCGGCGUUAAGGUAACACCAGAAUAUUUGGCAAAGGGAGAAAAAAAAAGCAGCGAGGCUUCGCCUUCCCCCUCUCCCUUUUUUUUCCUCCUCUUCCUUCCUCCUCCAGCCGCCGCCGAAUCAUGUCGAUGAGUCCAAAGCACACGACUCCGUUCUCAGUGUCUGACAUCUUGAGUCCCCUGGAGGAAAGCUACAAGAAAGUGGGCAUGGAGGGCGGCGGCCUGGGGGCUCCGCUGGCGGCGUACAGGCAGGGCCAGGCGGCACCGCCGGCCGCGGCCAUGCAGCAGCACGCCGUGGGGCACCACGGCGCCGUCACGGCCGCCUACCACAUGACGGCGGCGGGGGUGCCCCAGCUCUCGCACUCCGCCGUGGGGGGCUACUGCAACGGCAACCUGGGCAACAUGAGCGAGCUGCCGCCGUACCAGGACACCAUGAGGAACAGCGCCUCUGGCCCCGGAUGGUACGGCGCCAACCCAGACCCGCGCUUCCCCGCCAUCUCCCGCUUCAUGGGCCCGGCGAGCGGCAUGAACAUGAGCGGCAUGGGCGGCCUGGGCUCGCUGGGGGACGUGAGCAAGAACAUGGCCCCGCUGCCAAGCGCGCCGCGCAGGAAGCGCCGAGUGCUCUUCUCGCAGGCGCAGGUGUACGAGCUGGAGCGACGCUUCAAGCAACAGAAGUACCUGUCGGCGCCGGAGCGCGAGCACCUGGCCAGCAUGAUCCACCUGACCCCCACGCAGGUCAAGAUCUGGUUCCAGAACCACCGCUACAAAAUGAAGCGCCAGGCUAAGGACAAGGCGGCGCAGCAGCAAUUGCAGCAGGACAGCGGCGGCGGCGGGGGCGGCGGGGGCGCCGGGUGCCCGCAGCAGCAACAGGCUCAGCAGCAGUCGCCGCGACGUGUGGCGGUGCCGGUCCUGGUGAAAGACGGCAAACCGUGCCAGGCGGCCCCCGCGCCGGGCGCCGCCAGCCUACAAGGCCACGCGCAGCAGCAGGCGCAGCAGCAGGCGCAGGCCGCGCAGGCGGCGGCAGCGGCCAUCUCCGUGGGCAGCGGUGGCGCUGGCCUUGGCGCACACCCGGGCCACCAGCCAGGCAGCGCAGGCCAGUCUCCGGACCUGGCGCACCACGCCGCCAGCCCCGCGGCGCUGCAGGGCCAGGUAUCCAGCCUGUCCCACCUGAACUCCUCGGGCUCGGACUACGGCACCAUGUCCUGCUCCACCUUGCUAUAUGGUCGGACCUGGUGAGAGGACGCCGGGCCCGCCCUAGCCCAGCGCUCUGCCUCACCACUUCCCUCCUGCCCGCCACACAGACCACCAUCCACCGCUGCUCCACGCGCUUCGACUUUUCUUAAGAACCUGGCCGCGUUUAGACCAAGGAACAAAAAACCACAAAGGCCAAACUGCUGGACGUCUUUCCUUCUUUUUUUUCCCCCUAAAAUUUGUGGGUUUUUUUUUUUUUUUUAAAGAAAAUAAAAACAACCAAGCGCACCCAAUCUCUUAAGGAAUCUUUAAGCAGAGAAGGGCAUAAAACAGCUUUGGGGUUGUCUUUUUUGGUGAUUCAAAUGGGUUUCCCACGCUAGGGCGGGGCACAGAUUGGAGAGGGCUCUGUGACAUGGCUCUGGACUCUAAAGACCAAACUUCACUCUGGGCACACUCUGCCAGCAAAGUGGACUCACUUGUAAAUACCAGGAUUUUUUUUUUUUUUUUUUUUUUGAAGGGAGGACGGGAGCUGGGGAGAGGAAAGAGUCUUCGACAUAACCCACUUGUCACUGACACAAAGGAAGUGCCCCCUCCCCGGCACCCUCUGGCCGCCUAGGCUCAGCGGCGACCGCCCUCCGAGAAAAUUGUUUAUGUUUGAUGUGAACUUGUAGCUGUAAAACGCUGUCAAAAGUUGGACUAAAUGCCUAGUUUUUAGUAAUCUGUACAUUUUGCUGUAAAAAGAAAAACCACUCCCAGUUUCCAGCCCUUCACUUUUUUUUAUGGGCAUUGACAAAUCUGUGUAUAUUAUUUGGCAGUUUGGUAUUUGCGGCGUCAGUCUUUUUCUGUUGUAACUUAUGUAGAUAUUUGGCUUAAAAAUAGUUCCUAAGAAGCUUCUAAUAAAUUAUACAAAUUAAAAAGAUUCUUUUUCUGAUUAAAA